AUGUCUCUUUCCACUUCCAUUCCGCCGCCCAAAUGGGUGGUUGAAAUGAACACGCCUCUCGCGAAACGUCCCGGGAAAACCAGCUUUCGCAACCCACCAGGCUUCACCACCAAAGCGUCAGGCAAGCAGCAAGAAACCCGCUCCGCCCCUGACCGCAAACCCGUCGAAACAGACACCCUCAAACUCAAAAAAGCCUGGGAAGUCGCCCUCGCCCCCAGCAAACAAAUCCCCAUGAACGCAAUCAUGAUGUACAUGUCCGGCAACAGUCUACAAAUCUUCAGUAUCAUGAUGGUAUUCAUGCUUUUUAAGGGUCCUAUCCAGGGUCUAAUCGCUACAAACGCGCAAUUCGUGAAAUUUGAGACCGAGAGCAACAGGACCAAAAUCUGGGGCUGCAAGGCUGUUUAUGUGUUGAUGCAGUUGGUGUUGUUGGGAAUGGGGGUUUGGAAGGUUAAUGCUAUGGGGUUGUUGCCAACUACGAGGUCGGAUUGGUUGGCUUGGGAAUCAGAGAGAAUAUCGCUCGAGCGGGCUUUCUUUGCUUUUGGUUAA